AUGGGCGCCGCCGUGUUCUUCGGGUGCGCCGCCAUCGCGUUCGGCCCCGCGGCCGCGCUCGUGCUGCUCACGGUGGCGGCCGAGCCGCUGCGGGUCAUCGUCCUGGUGGCGGGGGCGUUUUUCUGGCUGCUGUCUCUGCUCGCCGCCUCGCUGCUCUGGGCCGUGUCGGUGCAGCUCAGCGGGCGGGAGGACGCGGCGCUGCUGCUGCCCGGGGCCGCCGCCGCCGUCCUGCUGCAGGAGCUCUGCCGCUUCGCCUGCUUCAAACUGCUCAAGAAGGCGGAUGAGGGGCUGGCGACGCUGAGCGAGGAUGGGCGGUCCCCGAUCUCCCUGCGGCAAAUGGCCUACGUGUCCGGGCUCUCCUUUGGCAUCAUCAGCGGCGUCUUCUCCAUCGUCAACACCCUGGUGGACUCGGCGGGGCCGGGCACGGUGGGGAUCCAUGGGGACUCCCCGUACUACUUCAUCACCUCUGCCUUCCUCACCAUGGCCCUGGUGCUGCUCCACACCUUCUGGGGCGUCAUCUUCUUCGACGCCUGCGAGCGGCGCCGCGCCGGGGGCCUGGGGCUGGUGGUGGGCGGCCACCUGCUCGUCUCGGGGCUGACCUUCCUGAACCCCUGGUACGAGGCCAGCCUGGGGCCCAUCCUCAUCCUCACGCUCUGCACCGGCCUCUGGGCCUUCGGCACCGCCGGCGGCUCCUUCCACAACAUCCUCAAGUGCCUCUCCUGUAAGCAGGAGCCCGAGGGCCGGGUCAUGCUCUACUCAGCGCUGCAGGUGCCCCCUGAGGAGUGAGCAGAGCCUUGGCCCCACAGCUGGACACUCCACCACUGCCUUCACCCCUGUCUGCCCCAGGGUUUGGGAUCUGACUGGUUCUCCUGGGGGGUUUGGGGUCUGACCGGUGCUUCUGGGGGGUGUCUUGGGGUCUGACCAGUGCUCCCAGGGUGUUUGGGGUCUGACCAUGGCCCCGUUCCCUUUGUUCCCAGACUCUGUUACACUUUUCCCUCAAGUUGUGCCUGUGGGGAAGGUGGAAAGGGGUUCUGAGUACCCUGAGGGGCAUCCAGGCUUGGGGGUCUCAGGGCAGGGCAGAAACCCCUCUUCCCUUGUGUUUCCCUUCCCUGGUGGGAUCUUUGCCCCUGGUGCUCUGGGGGUGGGGGGCUCGGGGCCAUGGGUGCUGUGCCCCCCUCACCCCUGUUCGGCUCCCAGGGGGGUCUGGGGUGCAGUGGGGGGGUAAAUUAUUUUUUUGAUUCAGAGUAAAACCCUUUUCUAAGAA